CACGGCUCUCACUGUCCCUCUCAGCCUCUUUUUUGGCUCUCACACCAUUACUACUCCUCCUAUAAGCUCUUGUUUAGUGCUUCAUUCCUUUCUCAAACCAUCCUGAAAUGCAAAGUGCAACCUCCCUCUCUCUUUCUCUCACUACAUGAAAGCCUCCUAGGCCUCUUCUUACCCUACAAAGCUAAACUCCAAUUUGCUUUGCCCUAACAAAACAAACCCUUCUCUCAUUUCCAUUAUUGCAUUCAAUUGAAGUGACACACGCACAAAAAAGGAAACCACAAGGUGUAGAGUAAGUGAGAGAGUGUGUUCAAUCAUGGAAGUUCCAAGUGAAGAAGGGGAAGAGAUGCCUCUCCCACUCAACAGCACAUAUGGUGGCCAUGGCCAGAUGAUCCACCACCAUCACCACCUCCCACCCCACAACCACAUUAUCAUCCCUUCCUCCGCAGGUGGCGCCGCUCCCCCCCUCUCCGACGACCACCUCCCCUUCAAGAAGCCCAUCAGAUACCGCGAGUGUCUGAAGAACCACGCGGCGUCCAUGGGCGGCAACGCCACGGACGGAUGCGGCGAGUUCAUGCCGAGCGGUGACGACGGCUCGCUGGAGGCCCUCACCUGCUCCGCCUGCGGCUGCCACCGCAACUUCCACCGCAAGGAAUCCGACGGCGACUCCUGCGACUCGUGCUACCCGAGAAUCGGGCGGAAGCUCUUCUUGGCGGACCACCACAAGGGCUACAUCGGGUACCACCACCACCACGCCGCCGCAGCCAGGCCGCACCAGAUGAUCAUGUCGUACAACAUGGCGUCGGAGUCGGACGAGCAGGAGGGGAUGAUGAUGGGGAGGGCGCCGCAGAUGGUGAAGAAGAGGUUCCGGACGAAAUUCAGCCAGGAGCAGAAGGAGAAGAUGCUGAGUUUCGCGGAGAAAGUGGGGUGGAAGAUACAGAAGCAGGAAGAAGGAGUGGUGCAGCAGUUUUGCCAAGAGGUUGGUGUGAAGAGGAGGGUUUUGAAGGUGUGGAUGCACAACAACAAGCACACUCUUGCAAAGAAGGCUCUGCAAUCUGACAAUCAAGAUCAAAGUUUAGGGACUAAUUAACUACUUAAUUGAUUCUGAGAGAUACUGUUUUUAAUUCCUUGCAGAAAGUUAUUACCUUUUGUCUUUUAUUUUUUUCAGUUUUCUUGUUUUGGUAUUUGGGAUUAUAUUGGGAUCUGUUAGAUUUCGGCUUUUAUGCGUUUAGGACUAGAUUUUUACAAUAAUGGCGAUCUAAUGUGCUUCAAUUUUCUUAAUCUUUUAGUUUGUAAUAAUUUUAUAUUUUUUCGAGCAAUGUCAUAAUUAAAGUGCGUUAUGGGUGA